AUUCCCUCCUCUCCCUGCCGGCUGUCGCUUCUCCGGCCAAUAGUCCCGGGAAUCCUGUUUGCCGCGCUCGGAUUUAGGCCCAGCCUGGUCUGCGUAGACUUGACCGUGCCGCCUCUGGGACCGCCCCCGAUUGCGAGACGCACUUCCGUCGUCGCCUCGGCAGGGUCGGAGCACCGAGGGAAGGCGGCGCGCGGCGGGCGGUGAUGGACGCGCUGGCGGUCAUGAUGCAGGACCUCCUGACUCAGAACCAUGCCCUACGCAGGGAGAAUGACGAGCUCAUGGACCAGGUGCGGCGACUGCUUUGCGAGAAAGCUAACCUGCUAGCCCAGGUGCGGCCGCCGGCUUGCCCUGUGGCUUUUCCUGAAACGUUUACAGGCGACUCCGCCCAGCUUCCCGAGUUUUUGAUCCAAGCGGCCUCUUACAUGAGGUUCUUCGAAACCAGAUUUUCCAACGACACACUAAAGGUGGCAUUUUUAAUCAGCCGCCUCUCUGGGGCGGCAGAGGAGUGGGUAGUCCCCUACAUCGAGCGGGAGAGCCCCAUCUUAGCUCAUUACGAGGGCUUCGUGGACGCGCUGAAGCGAGCUUUUGGCAGGAAUGGGUAGAAAAUCGCCAGGCCGGACUCCUGGUGUCCGGAGUGUCGGCCGCGAGCCUCUGUGAUCCCCACAACCCCAGCCCUGCUUGGCUUGAUUCACAAAGGACUCCCCAGUUCCCAGCUACUCAGCUCCGAGCCUUGCUAGGAAGCUUGGCCGCCGCCUGUUCUUACCACAUCCACUACCUUUGCACUCUGCCCAGCAACACAGGCCCCGGCGGGAACCUGAUAGAAAUUGCGCCACCCAGGAUCAUGCCCCUGCCACCUGAAAACUCUGAAGACUGUUGCUGACCGCCUCUGAAAAUCAGGGUCAAGCUGGGAAGUGCCUGAGUUUGCCACAACCCCCGUGGACACUGAUGUGGAUCGCUCCGCCCGGACACGGCUUCCAUGACCUAGAUUUCAGCUUUGGCAAGCUCCUGUUUCUGAGCCUCCUCCAUCACCUGGGGUCCAGUUUGUAAACAUCCAUCCAAGUAUUUCAGGUGGAGCUCCUCAUAUUUGCUUCUGAAUUCCAGGCUUUCCAUUUGCAUGGCCGGGUUCUUCUGUCUAAACUGCAGUAUAUGCAUGAUGAGACCAAUGGACGCAGGUAGGCCCACAGCCUGAGGACACAUGAGGGAGAGUUCAUCACAGGGAUAUCCAGAGUUCCUAAGAAAUCAUAUGCCACCAGCCUUGCUUUAGGUGGAUUUCUCAAGAAGUCUUGGCAUCAUGAGUGCUGUUCUCGUAACGG